AACUUCACACCGCUGCGAUUGUCUUUUAUUCCACAGAUUUGUUGCACAUGUUCAUCGAUUUCUGUGGAAUUUAGGGAAAGUAUUAGGAAAUCUUCAAUAAAAUGGGUGCUAUAGCUAGCAGAUACCGUGUGUCUAACGCGGGACUCACAAGCACCGACUUACAGAACAUAUCAAAUGAACAUAAACGUGAAAACCCCGGGACAUUGGAUGAGUUGCAUAAAAAGACGAAAGAAGUGAUGCCAGUCAACUUUGAGGGUGGCAAACUGAUGUUCAACAAAGGCAUCUCCAAUCAUUUCCAAAUGUCCCACACACUUACUAUGAGUACAGCGCAGAAUGGUUACAAAUUGGGAGCCACAUACAUCGGCACGAAGCAGAUAUCACCAACGGAGGCGUUUCCCGUGCUGCUGGGCGAUGUAGACCCGUCAGGGAAUGUCAACUUCAACAUUAUCCACCAGCUCACUGAUGAGAUCAGGGUGAAGGGUGCUGCACAGAUACAAGAGUGCAAGUUGACCACCACACAAGGCACGGUGGAGUACAAGGGCUCGGACUACACUCUGGCCUUCACUAUGGCCAAGCCGGACCUCAACGACAAGUCUGCAGUGCUUGUGGGACACUAUUUACAGUCGGUGACGAAGCGACUGGCGCUGGGCGCGGAGCUGGUGUUCCAGUCGGGGAACAGGGUCAUGGGCGGGGAGGUCGCCAUCGCCUCCGCCGCCGGCCGCUACUGCAUGGACGAUUCUGAAGUGUCCGCGACAGUGGGAGCGGCUGGUUUCCACUUAUGUUACUUUAAGCAGGCCAGUGAACAGUUGCAGAUUGUCGCGGAAAUUGACACGUCAUUCCGAGGUAUGGAGUCUGUGGGCACCAUAGGAUACCAGGUCAACAUACCAAAGGCGGACCUCGUGUUUAGAGGUAUGGUAGACUCGAACUGGAACAUCGGAGCGGUCUUGGAGAAGAAGCUGCAGCCUCUACCGUUCACGUUCGCUCUGUCGGGGAUGGCCAACCAGGCCAAGCAACAGUUCAAGUUCGGCUGCGGGCUCAUCAUCUGCUAGUCUGCGGGGAGGAUUGUGUCUGGGUUGCCAGUGUUGUGUUGUGAAAGUGCCAGAAUCUGUGCAAUAAUAAUUUGUGUGAAGCAGUUCAAUACAUGGCUCGUCUUUUGCCAACUGCCGUGCAUAGAAGACCUUAAGGUUGAUGAUGAGGCAUUUUCUGUGUCUUAAUAUAAUUUACUGAUCGACUCAUAUAGAAGUGAUAAAAAUAAUCAACAUUCUCUUUACACGGCUGGAUAAUAAUAACAAUUUUUGCUAUGCGAGUAAUAGUUUUUGUGAUUUUAAUGUGAACAUUUGGAUUAUCGUCCACUUUAUGUAAAAAGUACUGGUCGGAUUAUUUAGAAAUUUGGUAUGAUACCUGGUAUGACACAUAGAGUUUUAUUGCAAUAUUUUUAUUACUUGAUUUGAUUUUGGUAAUUUUCAUAGAUAUAUUAUGGCAACCCCAACACUAUGUUCUAUCAAGUGUCCUGUUUUUUCACGGAGUACGAUCAAGAACUAUUUAUUUAUUAGUCCAUAUGAAUAGUUCAUGAUUGGUUAUCCGUUACCUCGCUCUACAGGCUUGUGAAUCAUCCCCUAUAGUAAUCAUAGGGUUAAAAUGGCCGAAUAUAAAUGAGGGUUAUAUUAAAAUAAAUAUAUAUGUUCACUUUGAAUGAAAAUGUGUCUAAUUCGCCCAAGUUUCUAUUUGGCCAAUUUGACUAAUAAUUAAAUUAGUUAUAAUAGUAGUAUGUAUGUAAAUAAAUAAUGUUUGCAAUUUCACCGGUUAUUGACAGAUAAUUUCUCGGAUUGACAGUUGAUAAUUUUUAUAAGUGACAUGAUAAUUUUCUGAAAUAUUCAAUUAGAAGCAUGGGAUUUUAUGGUAAUUUUGAAUGAUAGAAUUUUAUCGAUGUUAUGUAUAUAUCAGGUAUAUAGCUAUUAUAAAAAUAUUAACAUGAGGUGUUGAUUUUAAUAGAAAUAUCAUAAAAAUAUCAUGUCACUUAAGAAGUUUAUUCUAAACUCCAACUAGGACGAUGAAGAUUUCAAGUGAAGUCGGAUUAGGUAAUAUACACUUAUCUUUGAAAGUCGUCAUUUUUAAGACAUUUUUUUUAUGUAACUUCGUACAUAAUGCCUAUAAAUAACAUUGAACCUUAUUACUGUCGAAAUAAAAACUCUUCUAAGAUGACAUAUUGAAUAUUCUUGAAAAUAAAUGUUGCUAUGCGGCUUAUUUCUGUCACAUCAUAACACUAGAAUUAAACAGUGUCUAAAUAAAUUUAAAAACUUCCGAAAACAAAUUAGAACAAAAUAUUUUAUACGAGCAUCCUACGCUUUUUCUAGGAUGUACUUGAUAUUUUUUGUUUAUUCUUUAUUAUAUUCUAUGUAUAAUUUUACUACUUGUGUAUAUUUACUUAUGAUUGGAAGCAAUGAAAUUCUCCAAAAAUUUUCAGUCCACCACCUCUAUUCUUAUUAAUUCUACUACACCUUCAGGAAUUACAUAAGGUCGAAUUUCGUUAUAAUAUCUUUGCAAAAUAUUUUUAAUGGCGUUUAAUUGCAGCGUUAUUGAGAAUUAAAUGCUGUCCAGUGUCUCAACAGUGUUUAUUAUCAAAUCACUCUCUAGUUUAAUUAAAUUCGAUUUUCGACUUUAUUUUCACUAAAUAAUGAGACUUGUUUCUUAACAAGAGCUUUCUGGAAAUAAUACUUUCAUUUGUUGUAUGUAAAUAACCAAUAUAUUUAUCUGUAAAUACCCUAUACUGCCAAUAUUACGGCUUUAAAAUUGUUUUAAUCCGUGCAAUCGCCAAUUCAAACAUUUAAUGCCAGUCCAAAAAUGUAAAGCUAAUUAAAUAUAUUUGGUACUUUGAUUUAUUCUUGUAAGAAACGUUUUAAAAUGCACAAAAUCACAUUUAAGUUAGCCCCUUUUAAUUUAAUACUAAUAAAUUGAAUGGCGAUAAUAAUCACCAAAUCACCGGCGCUAAGUGCGCUGAUAAUUUUAGUUAUCUGAAGUAUUUAAGUAAUGAUAGUUGUGAAACUAGUAUGAAUCGGAACAUUAAUUUGAUGCAUAAAAUGUGUGAUUGUUUCGUAUUUUGGAUAUGUGGAAAACCAAAGAUGUUGUAGUUGUUACUCGGUUUUCUUUAUAUUUGAACUGCCAUUCAUUCAACAAGUGUUACAGUUUAUGGUAGUUCCACUUUACCUACGAAUUGUAAUAUUUUGUACGACUUUGAACUUGCUGCUUUAUCUCUCCUUUAAUUUAAUUAUAUAUUAGCCUCGAAUAUGGGAGAACGAAUAACACAUUUCACAGCCAAAAUGCAGACAAAUGAUAAUUCCUAAAUUAAUGAUUAAAUGCCGUAUGUGUGUAUGUAGCUUUAUAAGCGGUGUAUGUGUUUUCUUUUCUACAAAUCUGUUUAUUUGUUAUGAGUAUUGCUGUGCACCAGUGUCGCAUUUAAAGCGCGAUAAAGUCACUCUAGAUGCCAUCCAUUUCGGAAAAUGCACAAGAGGCCAUAUUUCUUAUAUUUCACAAUUUCUAACAAUAUCGAACUUUUUUUUUAUUAGCCUAUUGUGUCCCACUGCUGGGCUAAAGCCUCCCCUACUACUAUCGAACCACUAAUAUUAUAUUCCAAAUUCUAAUUACAUACUGUUCAUAUUAUUAUAAGGUAACUGCAAAUGAUUUGAGUAUUCUAACCUAUUUUAUCGCUCUUAAAUGCUGCGUUGAUAAUUAUAAUUGUUCUUUGCUCAAGGUACUCUAGAGUGACCGAAGCCCGAAGCGAUAUUUUGACAUCGCGCGUAUUCAAGAUUUCCUGAUAAUUAACUGUUGUUUAAAUACACGCUUUAAUGGGAUUAGUGUGGAUAAUACAACAUAAAACUUAAUGCUACAAAUUUCUGCUAUUGUCAUGGCAACAUAUUUUUUGUACUUUUUGUGACAAAAUUUGCGGUCGCGAAGCACGACUAUGUAUAUAAUGUUGUUUUAACGCCUAUAUGUUUUCUUCCAUUAGUUAUUGAUAUGUGCGAUGACGUCAAAAUACACUAAGGGCCAAGUCUCGACUUGUUGCGCCUAGCGUUACUAUUGUAGAUAGAAAAUGGCGGAUUGUACAUAAAGCCUGUUGUUGAAAUGUUUAUUUUUAAUAGAGUUAUGUUAAUAAAUCA